CAGAGCUACAUCGGUGGUUAGUGCUUGAGAAAUUGGUUUAAUCGUGAUGGCAUCCGGAGCUAAGUACGAGAUUGAGAAAUUUAAUGGUGGCAAAAAUUUCAACUUAUGGAGGUUGAAGAUGCGGGCCAUGCUAGUACAACAGGGGUUGUGGAAAGCACUAGAAAGGGAAGCCAGGCUACCGAAAACUCUACCAGAGGAAGAGAAGAUAGACUUGAAGGAGCGGGCGCUGAGUGCAAUUCAGCUCUCACUUUCUGACGAAGUCUUGGGGGAGGUUGCAGAAGAAAAUUCAGCUUCCGCAUUAUGGUUGAAGCUGGAAGCCCUUUACUUAACCAAAUCAGUCACUAACCGAUUAUAUCUGAAGAAACGGUUGUUCACCCUCAAUAUGAAUGAAGGUGGUUCCAUCAAAGACCAUCUUGAUGAGUUCAACAAGCUCAUUUUAGACUUGAAGAAUAUCGAUGUGAAGAUAGAAGAUGAAGACCGGGCAAUUAUUGUUUUGUGCUCAUUGCCUGACUCUUAUGACAACUUUGUUGAAACUCAUCUUCAUAGUAGAGAUCAACUCUCUAUGGAAGAUGUCAAGGCGGCCCUGAAUUCAAGAGAAUUGAAGAAGAAGGUGUCCGGAGACAAGAGUGGUGAUCAAGCAGCAGGAUUGGUCAUAAGAGGUAGACAAAAUAACAGAACUUUCAACAAGCGAGGAAAGUCUCGAUCCAAAUCGAGAGCCAAGCAUGCUCGAUGUUACGAGUGCAAUGAGAUGGGACAUUUCAAGAAAAAUUGUCCCAAGCUCAAGGAGAAGAAAGCUGAAAAAUCCGGUGAUGCCAACAUUGCCAGUUGUAGUGAUAAUUUAGAUGAUGAAGAUUGUGUUCUAUCUAUCUCUACAAACUCCUCCAGUGAGGAAUGGAUUUUAGAUUCGAGUUGCUCAUUCCAUGUAUGCCCACGACGUGACUGGUUUGAAACAUAUAAACCAGCCACUAGCACGGUGGUUCUUGGUGAUGAUACAACAUUGCCUAUUGUUGGAAUUGGCAACAUCCGGAUCAAGAUGUAUGAUGGGAUGGUCAGAACAUUCGAGGUUCAUCAUGUGCCGGGUUUGAAGAAAAAUCUCAUUUCCAUGAGUGAGCUUGACUCCAAGGGCUGCCGAUACUCCUGUGCAGGAAGCACAGUCAAUGGCACAUGUGCUGUGUCAACUUCAAGCAGUCCAGAUAAAGAUGUAACUCGGUUAUGGCAUAUGCGACUUGGGCAUAUGAGUGAAAGAGGGAUGAUGGAGCUGAGCAAGCGUGGUCUUUUGUGUGGCCAGAAAAUUGGCAAGCUAGACUUCUACUUGUGGGGUCCCUCGCCUGUUGCAUCAAAAGGUGGAGCUGUGUAUAUGUUGACCUUCAUCGAUGAUUAUUCAAGAAAGGUGUGGGUAUACACCUUAAAGAGUAAGAGUGACGUGUUCCUCACCUUUAAGCAGUGGAAGACGCUGAUUGAGAAGCAGACUGGAAAACAAAUCAAGCGUCUAAGAACAGAUAAUGGUCUUGAGUACUGCAGUGAAAGGAUGAAUCGCACACUCUUGGAGAGGGCACGGUGUAUGCUCUCAAAUGCUGGAUUAUCAAAGGACUUUUGGGCAGAAGCUGUCAAGCAUGCUAGCUAUCUUGUAAAUUGGUCUCCAUCCAUAGCAAUUGGAUUAAAGACUUUAGAAGAAUUAUGGUCAGGUUCUCCUGCUGAUUAUUCACAAUUGAGGAUAUUUGGUUGUCCUGUGUAUGCUCAUGUUAGGGAUGGUAAACUUGAGCCAAGGGUAGUGAAGUGCAUAUUUCUAGGGUACGCUUACGAGGUAAAAGGCUAUAGACUGUGGUGUGUUCAGAAGUCACCUCGGUUCCUCAUGAGUAGAGAUGUAACCUUUGAUGAGUCUACUAUGCUCCAAAAAGCAAAAGAGGAGUCUAUAAUUGCAAAGCCAGACCAUGGAGUUAGCAAGCAGGUGGAGUUUGAAGCAACAACUCUAGAAAAGGCAGUGCGGGACGACAGUAUUGUCCUAAAGAAUCUAGAUGAGGUGCAAGAUCCAGAGCUAACAGAUACUCCAAUGGAGGUGGAGGCACCUGAACAAACACAACAACAGUAUAAUAUUGCUACUGGUAGACAGAGGAGGGAGACCAAACCACCUCAGAGAUAUGGCUAUAUAGAUUAUGUUGCCUAUGCUCUAUCAGUUACAGAACCAGUGGAGGCUGAGGAUCCCAACACUUAUCGGGAAGCAAUUACCAGUAAAGAAUCUCCUUAUUGGCUUGCUGCCAUGACAGAGGAGAUUGAGUCUCUACAUAAGAACCAGACAUGGAAGCUUGUCAUGCCACCAAAGGGACAAAGAAUUGUUGGAUGCAAAUGGAUCUUCAGGAGAAAAGAAGGAAUCCCAGGGGUAGAGACAACCAGAUUCAAGGCCAGAUUGGUUGCGAAGGGUUUCACACAACGAGAGGGUAUUGAUUUCCAUGAGGUAUUCUCUUCUGUGGUGAAACACAGCUCUAUUCGUGUUUUACUUGCCAUGGUUACUUUAUAUGAUCUUGAGUUGGAGCAGCUUGAUGUAAAGACUACUUUCCUUCAUGAAAUCCUUAUGUGGAUUGAAGCAGUCGCCUCGGCAGUGCUUGGAGAUGGUUCUUGGGUUUACUUGCUGUUGUAUGUUGAUGGCAUGCUUAUUGCUGCCAAAAGCAUGUUAAUCAUUGAUGAUUUGAAGAAGCAACUUAGUGGUGAGUUUAAGAUGAAAGACUUGGGUGCAGCUAAGAAGAUCUUAGGAAUGGAGAUUCACAGGGACCACAAGGGAGGUAAAUUGUUUCUCUCUCAAAAGAAGUACAUUGAAAAAGUACUUGAGCGGUUUGGCUUACAUGAAGCUAAGGCUGUGACUACUCCUUUGGGAGCACAUUUUAAGCUUUCAUCAAAUUUGUCACCAGAAACGGAGGAGGAGAAGAAGUUUAUGGCACGUGUUCCUUAUGCGAGUGCUGUUGGGAGUUUAAUGUAUGCUAUGGUAUGUACUCAUCCUGAUAUUUCACAUGUAGUUAGUGUGGUUAGUCGGUAUAUGGCUAAUCCAGGUAAAGGACACUGGGAAGCUGUGAAGUGGAUCCUCCGGUAUUUACGAGGCACGGUAGAUGUUGGACUAGUCUAUGAUCGGAGUGCUAAUCCAAGUGGAAAUGUAGUCGGAUUUGUUGACUUUGAUUUUGCCGACGAUUUGGACAAAAGGAGAUCAACUACAGGAUAUGUCUUUACUCUCUUAGGGUGUGCCAUUAGUUGGAAAGCUACAUUGCAAUCAACAGUCGCCUUGUCAACAACUGAGGCAGAGUAUAUGGCAAUUACUGAGGCAGUAAAGGAAGCAUUAUGGCUAAAGGGUUUGGUCAGUGAUCUCGGGAAUCAAAUCAAUGGCUCCAUCCCUUCGGAGCUGACAAACCUUAAGAACUUAACUGAUUUCGAUCUUGGGCAAAACAGUUUAAAGGGCACAAUCCCAUCAUCUUUGAGUCUCUUGUCCAGUUUGUGGAUCCUGUACCUUGGAACAAAUUCUUUUGAGGGCUCCAUCCCACCAAACAUAGGAAAUCUAAGUAAUUUCGAAGUUCUGAAUCUUGGUGGCCCAAUCCCACCAAAUUUGGCUGGUUUUCCAUACAACUCUUUUAUAGGCAACCCAGGUUUAUACGGUUAUCCUCUUAGCAGCCCCACUACUUCGCCUUCUCCUUUCACUCAACAUAGAAAAAAUUCCAACAAAGUGAUGAAACAUAUUAAAAUUAUUCUUCUUAGCACCAUUUCUCUUGCGUUGGUAUCUCUGGCAUUGUUGUUACUUUCUCGAAGAAUAAAUGGAGCUAAAAGUAAGGACGCAAUUCUAACUCCAACGAAAAAUGGGGAUAUGUUCUCAAUAUGGAACUUUGAUGGGAGGGUUGCAUUUGAAGACAUUAUUGCAGCAACUGAAGACUUCGACAUUCGAUAUUGCAUUGGUACUGGUGGCUAUGGUAGUGUUUACAAGGCACAAUUGCCAAAUGGCAAAGUAGUUGCCUUAAAGAAACUUCACCGAAGGGAAUCAGAGGUACCCACUUUUGACAGGAGCUUUAGGAAUGAAGCUAAGAUGUUGACAGAAAUACAACAUAAGAAUAUUGUCAAGCUUCAUGGGUUCUGUCUGCAUAGACAGUGCAUGUUUUUGAUCUAUGAAUACAUGGAAAGAGGAAGCUUGUUUUGCGUUCAUAGAGAUGAAGCUAAAGCUGUGGAAUUGGAUUGGAUGAAAAGAGUGAAUGUCAUAAAAAGUACAGCACAUGCUUUGUGCUACCUUCACCAUGACUGUAUCCCAUCCAUCCUUCAUCGGGACAUAUCAAGCAACAACAUUCUAUUAAACUUGGAGUUAGAGGCUUUUGUUUCUGACUUUGGAAAUGCUAGACUUUUGGAUCCUGAUUCAUCUAAUCAUACCACACUUGCUGGCACCUAUGGUUAUAUUGCCCCGGAGCUUGCCUAUACAAUUGUUGUGACUAAGAAAUGUGAUGUUUAUAGCUUUGGGGUUGUAGCAUUGGAAGUACUAAUGGGAAGGCAUCCUAGAGAAUUGUUGACAUUGUUAUCAAAACCAUAUUCUUUGCAAAAUGUGAUGCUAAGUGAUGUAUUGGACACACGUCUAUCGCCUCCAAGAAGCAGAAAUGUUAUCCAAAGUACUGUUGUUGCUGCCAUGCUUGCAUUGGCUUGCUUGCGUGCAAAACCCAAGUCCAGACCAACAAUGAAAUAUGUGUCUCAACAAUUUGUUGCUUGCCAAAAACAGCGUUUGAAGCCUAUUUCAACUAUUUCUUUGUUGGAACUUGUAAGUUCUGAUUUGGGGAUGGAAAAUGGAAGAGAACCUCAACCAGAAGUUGUAUUAGAACUUGCAAAACUAAAUGCUGAUUUGGGAUGGAAAAUGAGAGAGAACCUCAUAUACAAGUUUCAUGUCAUCUAGAUGAUGAGUUCCAUGGUUCUUCCUCAAAUUAGAUUCAACCGAGUUUCCUUGUCCUUUGUUUUAUUGAAAAAAUAAAUCUGUUUGUCUAUU